UUCUUGUCCAAGAACUUCCCCAAAAGUGUGGUUUCAAUUUUAUGGAAAGCCUUUGAAUUUGGCACAGUUUCCAAAAGUAUAUAGGAAAAAAAAGUCUGCCAGAGGUUUGGCCUCCAACUGUGAAAACAGACACUGCCUUUUCGAACUCCUCUCCUAGAUCUACUGACCAACACCCAGAAGAGAGAAUUCACAUUCUUUUAGAAUACAACAGGAAAAUGAAGACCCGGCUAAAAAUCAUAUUUGGUGUGGUUAUAUGCCUUUUGCUUUCCUUAUUACUUAUGUGUAUUAUACUGCUACCAUCAAGAGUUGUCAACACAGAUGAUGGUCCUAGAGCUCUUACCUUGGAGGAUUAUUUGAAUGGAAACUUCCAAUAUAAAACAUUUUUUCCAUAUUGGGUGUCAGAUAAUGAGUAUCUUCAUCAGUCUGCAGAGGAUGAUAUUAUCCUUUACAAUGUUGAAAUUAAUUACUGGACCACCAUCCUGACAAACAGCACAAUGAAACAAGUUAAUGCUUCAAAUUAUGUGAUGUCAUCAGACCAAUAUUUCAUAGCUCUGGAAAGCAAUUAUUCAAAGCUGUGGAGAUACUCUUAUACAGCAUCAUAUCACAUUUAUGAUCUCAUAAAUGGUGGUUUUGUAACAGAAAAUCAGCUUCCACAUAAAAUUCAGUAUAUAUCCUGGUCACCCGUUGGACACAAAUUGGUAUAUGUAUAUCAGAAUAAUAUCUAUUUGAAACAAAGUCCUAGAGAGGCACCAGUUAAAAUAACUAGUGAUGGAAAACAGAAUGAAAUAUUUAAUGGGAUUCCUGACUGGGUCUAUGAAGAGGAGAUGCUAGCAACAAAAUAUGCACUGUGGUGGUCUCCAAGUGGAAGAUAUUUAGCAUAUGUACAAUUUAAUGAUUCUGACAUACCAGUUAUUGAAUAUUCAUAUUUUGGUGAGGACCAGUAUCCUAGAAAAAUAACCAUCCCUUACCCAAAGGCUGGAGCUAAAAAUCCUACUGUUAAAGUGUUUAUUGUAGACACUAUUAACUCUGAAGCAUUUGGUCCUAAGGAGGUGCCAGCUCCUGCAAUCAUAGCAUCCAGUGAUCACUAUUUUACUUGGCUUACUUGGGUAACAGAUACUCGAAUCUGUGUGCAGUGGCUGAAGAGAAUACAGAAUUUUUCAGUCUUAGCUAUUUGUGACUUCAAAGAACAUUCAAAUACUUGGGACUGUCCAGAGAAUCAACAGCACAUAGAAGAGAGUCAAACAGGAUGGGCAGGCGGAUUCUUUGUUUCUGCCCCGUAUUUUACAUCAGACAGCAGUUCAUACUACAAAAUUUUUAGUGACAAAAAUGGUUAUAAGCAUAUUCAUUACAUCAAUGGCUCUGUGGAGAAUGCAAUCCAAGUUACAAGUGGAGAAUGGGAGGCAAUAUACAUUUUCAGAGUAACAAAUGAUGCAAUUUUUUAUUCAAGCAAUGAAUUUGAAGGCUAUCCUGGAAGAAGGAAUAUUUACAAAAUCAGCAUUGGAAGUAAACCUAUGAGAAAACAAUGCAUUACUUGCAAUUUAAGGAAAGAGAGAUGUCAGUAUUAUACAGCAAGAUUCAGUGAACAUUCAAAAUAUUAUGCCUUGAUCUGUUAUGAGCUCAAAGUAUUGGAAGACAAUUGGGAAUUGCAGUCUGCUUUGCAAGAUAUCAGACUGCCAAAAGAAGAAAUUAAUAAGCUUGAAGCGGAUGGUAUAACUUUGUGGUACAAAAUGCUUCUACCUCCACAGUUUGAUAGAUCCAAGAAGUACCCUCUACUUAUUCAGGUGUAUGGAGGACCUUGCAGUCAGAAUGUAAAGGCAACCUUUAGCAUUAGCUGGAUAACCUAUCUUGCAAGCAAAGAGGGAAUUAUUGUUGCUCUGGUGGAUGGCAGAGGGACAGCUUAUCAAGGUGACAAGAUUUUGCAUGCAGUGUAUCGAAGACUUGGAGUCUAUGAAGUUGAGGACCAAAUUUCAGCAGUUAAAAAAUUUAUAGAAAUGGGCUUUAUUGAUGAGAAACGAAUAGCAAUAUGGGGCUGGUCCUAUGGUGGCUAUGUAACUUCUUUGGCACUUGGAUCUGGCAGUGGAGUAUUUAAAUGCGGAAUGGCUGUGGCUCCUGUUUCCAGCUGGGAAUAUUACGCAUCAAUCUACACAGAACGAUUUAUGGGUCUUCCUAUAAAGUCCGAUAAUCUUGAGCACUAUAAGAAUUCAACUGUGAUGGCAAGAGCAAAGAAUUUCCAAAAUGUAGAGUAUCUUCUCAUCCAUGGAACAGCAGAUGAUAAUGUACAUUUUCAGAACUCAGCACAAAUUGCAAAAGCUCUGGUUAAUGCACAGGUGGAUUUCCAGGCAAUGUGGUAUACUGAUCAGAACCAUGGAAUUCCAGGCCUUUCCAGCAAACAUCUCUACACACAUAUGACCCACUUCCUCAAACAAUGUUUUUCUUUGUCAGAAUAAGUAGGCUACUCAGAGCAUGCUAAGGCAUCUGAGACAUCUUUGGGAGAAUGAAAAGACAGCAGUGCCCAAGUUGUAUGGUGUUCAGGUGAAUUGAUCACAGGAACUUUGAAAUUUUAAAUUGAUGUUUACAUCCACUUUUGAUAUUGUAUAUUAGCAAAUGUUAUGGUAACAAAUGUUUUGACACAUUUGAUACCUGUUCGACACAAAAAAUAAAAUCAGAAUGUAAAGGGUCUUGUGCAUCUAUUGCCGACUUGCUUAAACUUACAUUCUGCAGUCCAAGAAUGGUGGUUCAUUGCAAAUGCACAGUGUCAGAUUAAUAUGGUUGCAUUUGUUAACUAGAACUGUAAAAUGGGAAAGGACAAAGGAAGCAGUGCAACUACCUAAUUAGCAUUCUAACAAGAACCAGUUUCUCAAAAUUGAUUUCCAACCUUUUGUAAAGAAUCCAAGAAGAGAUAGGAACACACAAUAUUUAACACUGAAGUUUGGAUACUUACUCAGAGUAUUGAAUGUGUUCAAAUUUUAUUCAACUCUUAUUUGAAACCUUGAUUCCUCAAAACUCUCAGUGUUCAGGUUUAAACGUGAAAGCAGGACACUCAUAAUAACUAUCAUAUAUCAGUGGGUUUUUCACCUGUAUUCAAGGUAUGUGAGACAUAUUGACCUGUUUUUAAUUUCUAAUCAUCACCUCAGCAUUCAAAUUGAUCUCAGUGUCGUUCAUCCCACACUGGAGGGGAAGGAUCAAAGGAUUGUGCAAGCUUUCUUUGCUUUGUUUCUAGUGCAACAAUUUUAGGGAGUCUUUAAAAAAUGGUGGAAGCUAAAAUGAUUGGAAUACUUGUAUUCUUUUCAUUAGUAAUUAAAUCAGUCCUGUCAUAAUAUAAGAAUAUUACCAAGAUAAUUGGCAAGAGAUCCAUUGUAGAUUAAACAAUUGCUUGGUCAUGUGUUUAAUUAGUCUAGUGCAUAAGAACCAUGGUCUUUCUGACACAAUCUCUGCUAUUAGCUGUUGAGAGUGCAAAAUAACCUAAAAUAGAUUGUGUUGCCUUCCCACAAAGCAAGCUGCUUCAUAACUCUCAGUCAGAGACCAGUUGCUGCUUCUUUGUGGAAAAGCAAGGGGUUUCAUUUGACUUUCUUGACAAAAACAUGGGGUUUGGCCAAAAUAAUUAAAAUGUGGAAGUGAUUUGCUAUGUAACAGCUUCCUUCGUUUGUUAAUGGCAAUAUCAAAUCUAAUUUUCCACACAUGAGAACAUUCCUUAGAUACAUCUUUAUGCAAAUGUAGUUGCCAAGCUGUUUGUAAUGGUUAAAUUAUACUUUGAUAGGAACUCUUCAGAAAAUACUCAAUUAGUUCAGGUUUUUUUGGAAACGCUGCCAAUUACGUGAUGUUAAUGAGCUUUUUGUUGGUAAUGUAAUUAAAAUUCAACUGCUAUAAUGGCUAAAGGAAAAAAUUAUAGCUGCAAGAAAGUUAAAAUUAAGCAAAUAUAACAUGAAGUGGGCCUAAUUAGAUGUUGAUUAUAUGGUCCUAUGUGCAUUUGCUGCACACAACAGUAGUCUCAGAAAUAUGGUUAUCUUACAAAUAUGGAAUACAAUUCAGUUGAAAUAAUGAAAUUUAACUCUCUAUUUGUUAUAUUGAUACAACACCAUGGAAAUAAUUGUUAUCUUAUGGUGAAAGAGAGAAAAAUGAAGCUCUUGUCUGAGAUGCUUAUAGGUUUAAGAUACCUGAAUCUGUCAAUGAGAACCUAAGUAAUUUCCAAAAAAGCAUGGUAUCAAUCUCACAUAAAUAUCAAUAUAUUAAGAUCACUUUCAAUUUCUUCACCUUUAUUUUAUUUAUUCUAUUGAACAUCCUCUAAGUUCUGGAAAUCUGGGCAGAUAGAUUGGCCCUUUGUCAGUACUGUAAGUAAUAAAAUGAUGCAAUGUGUUGUUCACACCCUGCCCACAGGUCUGUUGUCUGAAGCUUUUGGAAGUAUUUGAAAUAAGGGACAUUUCAGGAAAAUCAGUAAAAUAAAAUAACAGAAGGUACCUCUUUCUCGAGUGGUGCAUUAGCUAUUUCAUUAUUAAUCUGCCCUGAGGUCUGUUUGUUUCCUAAGGCAAUCAUAGUACACAUCUUCCAAACUGUUCACCAUCUACUUUGGCUUGUAGGCAGCAGUUGUGGGGAUAAAAAAAAAUUAAAAAUAAGUGCAGUUGCUCCCAACAUUUUUCCUUCAUUGUUUUUCAUGUUGUUAAUUUCUUUGCC